AUGGACUAUCUCUUUGGCCGGCCACAGGUGGUGCCCUGUUCAUUUUCUCUCAGCGAUCCUGGCGACGACAACGACAUUCUUCUCGUUCCGAGGAGUAUUUGGGAGAAAUUGUCCUCGUCGCAUCGCGGUGCUGGUGCUCUGGCGGUCUCUGUUACGCGAAUUGCGCCCCAUGUGUCCUAUAACGAGUCGCCGCUGCAUUCAUUUGUAUGCUGGGUCUCACUGAGUGAGGACGUUAGCCGUUGCGCAAUCCCUCCACGAUGGCUCCACGAGUUCCCCCAGGUAUUCACCAACAACGACGUUAACGCAGCCGAUACACCGACGCACCAUAUCACCGCCGUCAGGCCUGUAGCGCUAACUGAAGUCAUUGUUGCGGCACUUUCUGACGAUGCGUACACGUUCGCAGAGCUGAACAAGGCUGCUCUGGAGGCGCGACUUCUGGACAAGCAGGCUAUCCUCCGUCAAGGCUCCAUAUACUCUGUGCCUCGUGACGAUUCUGCUUUGGUCGACGGAGAAGGCUCUCAGGGGGACGCAUACAUGUACCAGCUGGUGAUGGUCGCGCCUGUGCUGCAGGGCUGUGCAGAGAAAGGCUUCACUCGAUUCUAUGUCACUCUAGCCACACAGCCCGCACUUCCCUUGAACCUGCCUCUUGCCUCUUCCAAUGGAGUUGAUGGUAUCUCAGAUACUUCAUCAACCACAUCUAGAGAGGAGGAGCUUGAGAUUGACGAGUCGUUCCUGGCUGGUUCCGUACUGCAGUCUAUGCCUGACCUCGCUUCGCUCUCACAUUAUCGCGUCACCGGUGGUGGGCCUCUCACAAACGGUGAUCAAGCAAAUGUAGAGACAAAGGAUAGGCCGAAAAUUCAGUUGCCUGAGUGGGCAUGUUCUGCCAAGCCGCUUCCGGAGCCAAUUUCUCUCGAACAAGACGAUUGUACAAUCUACGUAAGCACGCCUGAUUUAAGUCAUAUAGGCAUUUUGAACGGAGAUUGGGCUGUCGUCCGCUCAAAGGGCAGCACAUCAUACCGGUUGGUCAGAGUGUGCGCCGCGGACAGUAUUGAAGCCAAACCUGGAACCGCAACGCUCUCACCUCAACUCCUGCACAAUAUCGCAGGAGGGGCCUCGAGUCUCGAUACCCCUUUUAUGUGCCUCCGCUCCAGCCCAUUUGGAUCUCUCCGGCCAGCGAUACCAACGGCGCGGAGCGUCACGAUCGCCCGCAUUGCAUCCUUCCUGUCCACCGAUCGCACGUACCAGAGUCUUUUCCUUCGUGCGCUACAAGCCUAUUUCGAGGAGACUACGCGUUUAGUGAAGAAAGGAGAUGUGAUCGCCGUCACGAUCGACACGGAUCAUGCUAUUCAAAUGGGAGGGGACGAUGAGGGCGAGAUGGGUGGAUACGACUACGAGUCCGAGAAUGUGAAUGAGGUCAUAUACUUUGUGGUGACAAAUCUGGAACAUAACAUCGUCACGAACGCGGAGGCAUCCUCGCCGGAUAUGUAUCUCGGAUCCACGAUGGGCGAGCUUGGAUGCUGGGUAGAUCCCACCCAGACGCGCAUGAUCCAGACAGGUGUUGAGUAUUCCAGGGUGCCUGACGUGUCGCAAUAUCUCUCGAUAGAGAAGCCUAAUACGUUCUCGCGAUCGCGACAUCCUGUAUCGACUCUCUUGGAUCCUGACAGCGCGUUUGGGAAGCUGCUCGCGUUGUCUUCCGCAGCUCUGAAUAGGCAUGCCGUGGACUACCAGCUCCAGUUGUCUAUCGUGCUUAAAGGGUCAAAUGGAGUCGGGAAGCGCACCGUCGCGACAGCGGUGGCACAGCGUCUUGGCAUGCAUAUCUUUGAAGUCAAUUGCUACGAUGUCCUGGGCGAGAACGACGUCAAGACCGAAGGCACACUCCGGGCUCGGUUUGAGAGAGCUGCAUCGUGCUCACCAUGCAUCCUACUGCUAAGAAAUAUAGAUGCCUUUGCGCGGAGCACUCAAAGCCUAGAACCUGGCAAAGAGUCGAGUGUAGGCGAUGUCUUACAAGACUGCAUUGCAACGCUCCAGCAGGCUUGGGGAUUGACCGGCUUCCCUAUCAUUGUGGUUAGUACGACAAGCAAUGCCGAGCGGGUCCCCCCCCGUGUCCUGUCGUGCUUCAAGCACGAGAUCGUGUUCGAAGCGCCUGGAGAGGCCGAAAGAUACGAUAUUCUGAUGGCGCUUCUGCAUGAUUGCAACCUCGGACCUGAUGUCUCGAUACGGGAAACAGCAGUUCAAACGGCCGCUUUGGUUGCCGCUGACCUUGUAGACUUGAUUUCUCGCGCCCAGAGCGCAUCCAUGCAGCGUGCAAUGCGAACUUCAAAGCGCAGGGAGAUCGAUCUAUUCAAUGCGGGCAUUCCAAUUGUCGCAGCCGACUUUGAUGCUGCGCUGGCCGAAUCAAGGGCAUCAUAUUCAGAGAACAUUGGUGCUCCGAAGAUUCCAUCCGUGACCUGGGACGAUGUGGGAGGCCUUGCGCAUGUUAAGGCAGACAUCCUCGAUACCAUUCAGCUACCGCUGGAACAUCCGGAACUAUUUGCCGACGGUCUAAAGAAGCGGUCCGGUAUUUUACUCUACGGCCCCCCAGGAACUGGCAAGACGCUCCUCGCAAAGGCUGUCGCGACGUCCUGCGCACUCAAUUUCUUCUCUGUGAAGGGGCCGGAACUGCUUAACAUGUAUAUCGGCGAGUCCGAAGCGAACGUCCGGCGGGUCUUCCAGCGUGCUCGGGACGCGCGGCCAUGCGUCGUCUUCUUUGAUGAAUUGGACUCUGUCGCACCGAAACGAGGUAGUCACGGCGACUCGGGCGGCGUCAUGGAUCGUAUCGUCAGCCAGAUCCUCGCGGAGCUGGAUGGCCUUUCGGGCGGUAAUGCGGGGGGAGACGUCUUCGUCAUUGGCGCGACGAAUCGGCCUGACCUGCUAGAUCCCGCACUGCUCAGACCGGGAAGAUUCGACCGCAUGCUCUACCUCGGUAUAAGCAAAUCGCAUGUCGCGCAGCUAAAUAUAUUGCAAGCCCUGACGCGGAAAUUCCGCCUCCACCCUGACCUUCGCCUCGAGAACGUUGCGGAACAAUGUCCAUUCCACUACACCGGCGCCGACUUCUAUGCCUUGUGUGCAGACGCGUUGUUAAAGGCAAUGGCAAGAAAAGCAGAGGAGCUUGAGGCGGCAAUUGCUAUUCUAAAUGCCAACCCACCUGCAAACUCGCCUCAUCCGUACCCUCUCACUCCUCAGUACUAUCUCGCCGAGUUAGCCACGCCCGCGGAGAUGGAAGUGCUAGUCUCGCAUGCAGACUUCGAUGCUGCCCUAAGCGAGCUCAUCCCUAGCGUGAGCCAAGCCGAGAUGGAACACUACGCACGAAUCCAGCAGCGAUUCUCACAAGAAACGAUCAACACAACGAGCUGA